UCUUCCUAACUCAGCAGGCUGCCAGAAGCGGGGCUAGCUCUCGCAAUUCUCCCAGACUCCACUGACCGGUCCCUCCAUCCAUCGCUCUGUGGCGGUUCCGGCGGGUCGGAGCUGACAUGGGGGCCGUCGGCGGGAUGAAGGUCUUGCUCACGGUGCUGCUGGUGGGAUGGGAGACGUCGCUGGGUCUCAACUGGAACCCGAUCCCGCGCAAAACCGUUCGAUACCAAGAUGUGCUGGACAGCAUGGCGAGAUUCAGCGUGCAGGGAGUGUUCAACUACAGCAUGCUGACUCUGUCGGACCACGAGAGGGUUCUGUACGUCGGGGCCCGAGAGGCUCUGUUCGCUCUGGACCCCAACAACAUCAGCAAACAACUGCGGCCACAGAUUGACUGGCCAGCUCCCCAGGAUAAAAAAAGGGAGUGUGUCGCCAAGGGAAAGAACAACCAGACGGAGUGCUUCAACUACAUUCGAUUUCUUCAGAGCUACAACCACACGUACCUGUACACCUGUGGCACCUACGCCUUUCAGCCCAAGUGCAUCUACAUUACGGCGGAAGAUUUUACCCUCGAGACGGCCACACUGGAAGACGGGAAGGGCAAAUGUCCGUACGAUCCCGCCAAGGGGCACACUGGCCUCAUAGUGGAUAAGGAACUGUAUUCAGCAACUCUAAACAACUUCCUGGGUACGGAGCCAGUUAUUCUGAGGAACCUGGGUCUCCAGCACUACAGCAUGAAGAGCGAGUACUUGCCUACCUGGCUUAAUGAGCCGGACUUUGUGGGUUCGGCGCUGGUGAGGGAGAGCAGCGGCAGCAAAGACGGCGACGACGACAAGAUCUACUUCUUCUUCAGCGAGCGGGCGCUGGAGCUGGACUGCGACACCGAGCUCACGGUGGCCAGAGUGGCCCGCGUCUGCAAGGGCGAUCUGGGCGGAACCAGGACGCUGCAGAAGAAGUGGACCACCUUCCAGAAGGCCCGGCUGGAGUGCUCCCUGCCCGAGCGCCACGUCUCCUUCAACAACCUGCGGGCCGUCUUCACGCUGCCCGGCCAGGACUGGAGGGGCACCACCUUCUACGGCAUCUUCCACGCCCAGUGGGGGGAUGUGGACGUGUCGGCGGUUUGCCAGUACCAGAUCGGAGACGUGAAAAAGGUGUUCGACGGCUCCUACAAGGAGUACAGGGAGCCAUCCCAGAGAUGGGGACGCUACACGGGUCCCGUCCCCAGCCCCCGGCCUGGAUCGUGUAUAACCAAGCCAGACAGGGAGAACGGCUACAACAGCUCUCUUCAGCUGCCUGAUGCCACGCUCAACUUUGCCAAGAAACACCCGCUGAUGGAGGACAAAGCUCUCGGUCGCCCCCUGCUGCUGACCAAGGGGGUCAACUUCACACGGCUGGCCGUGGAUCGGGUCAGUGCCCUGGACCAGCGGGCGUACCACAUGCUCUUCAUCGGCACAGCGGAGGGCUGGCUGCAGAGGGUGCUGAUCCUGGGCUCGGAGUCUCACGUGAUAGAAGAGAUCCAGCUGUUUGAGACGGCCCAGCCUGUGGACAGCCUGACCAUCUCCCACUCCAAGUCAUUCGUCUUCCAGAUGCUAGCAGAAGCUCCUAUCGAGCUCCUAUCGAGGUCUUCCGCUCGUGGCUCCACGUCAGCAGAGCUCUGGAGCUCUGAGGUCCGAGGCGUGAGCAGAGCCCGUGCGCUGCCCCGUCCCGGCCGGUCCGCAGAGUCCUGCCUACCGAAGUACUUGUACAUCGGCUCUCGCUCCGAGGUCCUCCAGCUGCCGUUGGCCAACUGCAGCCGCUAUCAGUCUCAGCCAGACUGCCUCCUCGCCAGGGACCCCUACUGCGCUUGGGACAACGAGGGCCGGGCCUGCGUCCGCAUCGACCUCCACCGGGGGUCCACCUCCUCCCUCUCGCAGGACCUCAUGCUGGAGAGCUUCAAUCGAGGAAAAGCCAAGUUUGAUAAACCCGUCUCCAUCCCCAGCCCUGAGCACUCCCGUCUGAGGAAUUACACCGUGGUCGUGGGCUCUGACAUGGUCCUGCCCUGCCAGCUGGUGUCCAACCUGGCCCAGCCCUUCUGGGUUCUGAACGACCGCGAGCUCCAGCUGGGGGACCCGGAGGGCGGGGGGCCUCGCUUCGACCGGGCGCUCAGGGCCCUGGUGGUCCCCGACGCCGGCCAGAUGCAGGCCGGCCGCUACGUGUGCUACUCCGAGGAGCAGGGGGUGAAGUUCCAGACGGAGCGCUACCAGGUGGCGGUGGUGGCCAGCGCCCCCGUCUUCAUGGAGGCGCGGGCCCCGGACAGCAGCAUGGGCCUGUUCUGGGUGCUGGUCAUCACGCUGGGCGCGGCCUGCCUGCUGCUCCUGGUGGCCGCCCUCUACCUGCGGCGGAGGCUGAAGCUGGCGCUGGGCAAGGGGGCCGACAUGAAGCCCCUGGAGAGCACCCUGGUCUACCCCAUCACCCUGCCCAAGGAGCCGCCCACCUUCGUGCCCAGCAAGAUGCCCAGCGACGAGGACCGCUUCUGGGAAACGGGCGCCAACUAUUACUACUCGGACGGCUCGCUGAAGAUCGUCCCCGGCCACGCGCUGGGGCCCAGCAGCGUGAGCAGCACGGCGUCGCCCAGCGCCAUCCCCGGCCAGCCCAUCCACUCCCCCAGCCGGCUCAGCCUCACCAACAUCCGAGGCUCGGGCAGCAACGGCUACAUCCGGCUCAACAUGAGCGCCGCGGGGGAGGAGAGGGCUAGCGGGGCUGGCGCUGGCGGCGGCGGGCUGGGGGCCCUGAGCGUGGGCGGGAACGACUACUCCAGCCCCUUCAAGGAGGAGCUGCGCCGCACGCUGCAGCAGAGGAGCGUCCUGCCCGACGCCAACCCCGAGGAGUCGUCCGUUUAGGCUCCGUCUCCCCCCCCCCCC